AUUCCACCCAUCUCGGCCUUUCUCCCUGAAGCUCCUUAGCUUACUGCGUGAAAACCUCACUAUCUACUCAAGGCCCUCUCGCUGUAACCAACUUGAUAUAUGGCAGAAGCUUUCGGUAUUGCCGCGUCGGUCGCGGGCAUCGUAUCACUUGGCCUGGAACUCUUCAAAGGGAUAAACACCUACAUUGGCGCUGUUCGGGGUCGUGAUGAAGAGAUCAGCGCUAUAAAUCGACAAACUGAGGUCUUUCAGGGCUCUCUAAAAAUACUGCAAAGCGCGCUUCAAGACCUUGACAUGAAGCAUCAGACAGCUGGCAAUACUAUGAGGGCUGCUCUGGAAGCAGGUGAACUUGACCUCAAAACUUUGAAAGACUUCAUGGUUAAGCUUGCCGAUUCCUCGUCACAACCGCAAAGUAUUGAAUCCAGAUUAAAGCAUGCAACAAAGAUGCUGGCAUAUCCUUUUCACGAGAAACCUCUUGAGACAUUACAGCAACGACUUGAUAGAGCCAAUACGUCGCUUGACGUAGCCAUACGCGCACUUGACCUGAAAAUUAUCUCCUCUAUUGAAAAGUCUAGUGCGGAUGCAGUUGCUCAACUUGCUUCCCUUUCCAUAAUAUCAGCUACCAACAAGUCUACGUCCGUGUCUAUCAAAGCCAGCCUCGAUACGUUUAUACCUCGAACAGACCAAGCUUUGAUUGAGGUAGAUAAUUCCUUAAGGACGAGUCUUCCUGUGAUUCAGAAAAGCUUAGAUUCCAUAUCGGAAACCCUACUUAGACAUGAAGCAAAACUAACCAGCAAACUACAAGAAGCCCAGAGUGAGUGUCGAGAAGAAACCAGUGAUGUGCUUAGUCAGACAGCCUCAUCCAAAUCGAUCGUGAAUACACUAGGAGCCACUCAAGCAGGGAAUAGGAAUCUAAUUCCAGACCUAUUUUCAAAUGGCAGCAGAGCUGUACAUAUAUUGAAUGGCCUAGCUGAAAAAAAGGAACAUGAUCCUCCACGGCUUCUUCAUGCUAGUGCAGAGCAGCGUGCGCUCUACCGCCUGGUUUCUUCUCCUGCCCAACUGGAGAAACUCCUCGCCCUCUAUCAAUCGAACGACGAGGUGAAUUAUGAGUUCACAAUAGCGGAGGGUAAAAAGAGCCCUGAACAUCUCGCAAGUAAUAUUCAUGAUGAAUACAGAUAUACGUCAACUUGCAUAUGUCGACAACAGCACGAGAGCUUUCGCAGUCACACAAGACUGGGAAGUUUGUCCUUCAACAUAUUGAGAAGUACGUACUGGAAACAUCUGCCUGAAUGCAGAUUUUCUAGGAGCGAAAUCGUCUCUAAAUCGGACACAAUACGAAUGACUUAUAGCGGCCUUCAAUGGCUUCUUCCCAAGGCAAUCGAACUUUCCAUAUCCCUAGGGACCGGAUCGGGGGGCCUUAGCAUUAGUCCAACAAUUACGCUUCGACCCGUAGUUAACGAGAAUGAAGCCCCGGUUUUCCGGUCUCUAGGUCUUUUAAGGUGGUUUGUUUGGAACAAAACACCUGAGCUGGGAGUUAUGAAAUUUACAGAAAUGGUAACAAAUAGAGUUUUACGACAGUACAUGUCUCGAAAAAGCUCCCCAUACGAAGUCAAUAGCAGAGGAGAGUCUGCCUUGCAUAUUUGGGUGGAUUUCUUAGUCGGGCUUGGUGAAUCGUGGGGUGCUUGCGAAAAUUUUUUCACAUCCAUGACACAACUUUUGCUGGAUGCUGGGUUGCAAAUCGCCUUGUGCGACGAACAAGGAGGGUCUGCAGGAACAAGGCUGUUAAGAGCUGCCCCGAAUGGGAUCGUGGACUUUGGAAGACUGAUGUACAUUCUUUGUAAAGAAGCCCCAGAACCGUCGAUCAUGGAAAACUACAAGAUUAGUAAAUUUUACUUUCGAAGCGAUUGGGUCGAAGUGUCUCGUUCACUCCGCUACUCAAUUGACGCAAUCAAUGUUGUAGGCUGUGGCCCACUCAGCACCGCAGUGAUCCUCGGAAAAGAAACUGAAGUCAAAGAAAUCAUCACGAGAUUUCCCUUCACCAUAUUUGAAAGAAAUCUCCUGGGCCAAACUCCAUUCCACUUGGCAGCAGACAAGCCAAGAAUGCUACGACUCUUAAUGGCGGUUGUCAAUCCGCAAGAGCACGAUGUGACGGAUAAAAAGAACGACUACGCCUUAGACUACUCAUUGAGCUUGUCUUCGACAAUUUGCGCAAAGGGCUCCUCGUGGGUUAGUUGUUCUGGCUGUCCAUGUACCGAAUGUGUUGAGAUAUUCUUAGAUUCUGGAUGGCGUUACAGGUUCGAUUUCCUAAGGGCAGACAUGUCGCACGCAGCCAGGCUAAGGAUGAUAAGUCACUUUGCUGCUCAAAGAGAAGUGCUGAAAGACCUUGGUCGGCAGUUUUUACCUCGGGUCGAAAUUGACCGCCACCGUCUAAAUGAGCCUCAUAUCCUUGACAUUCAUGCACACAGAGUUGCGAAGCUAUUAUACCAACGCGGUAUUGCCGUUCCAGCGUCGGUCUGGGCGACGUUGCCUACCUCCGAAGAUUCUUCCUCACUUUUCGCUUCAAUGUAUUACGAUACCGAUGGAUUAUUCGAAAGAGAUUCGCGUAAUCGGUUGGUCGAGCUUCUAUAUGAUAAAGGGUUUCGCGACUUCGACGAGAUCGAUAGCCGCGGUCAUUCCCCAUUAUCGAUCUAUAUUGGCCGUGACUGUUUCCCUAGGUACUACCCGCGGUCAUCGCACUGCUUGUGGCUUAUCCGCCAUGGUGCAGAUAUUUUGCGCCCAUGGCCGUUAAGAGACUCGAGUAGUCUUUGCGGCUACAAACACAGCAGAUGGGUUUUGGCUCACCUCGUUCUGGAUUGCAUCCCAUUCGAUCGCAGCAAUUUCCGCAAAAAUUUGGAUUGGUAUGACUCGAGCGAUUUUCGACAGUCCGAGGUGGAGUCUUAUCGCCAACUCGUCUCGCUCGUGGCACCUUUAGAUCAACACGAUGAAUGCCAUUGUCGAUGUGGUCAGGCAGGAUGUCAUACCAUGAAACUCUUCUUGAGACGUGCAUGGGACAGAAGUAUUCAUCACGCAUAUGCACAUCAUACUUAUAACCCAGAACAGCUGAUUACAAGCAGUUCAGUUCCUAAUAUUGCCACAAGCAUCUCCAGUUUUUUACGAAAUUUAACAGUAGACUUAUCGAAAUGGGAUAGAGUCGUUGCGCUAGCAUUGAGAUACUUUACAUUUCAAACAUUGGACCUACAGCAUACGUGUUGCAAUGUGCCAUACGAGGGCUCGUUGUCCGAACAGGAAAUCAUGGAGAUCGAGGACGAAAAUAGAGAACAACUAGACCGCCUGGAGCUCCUCCUUGGGGAACUUCAACUUGGGUAUUCAAAUUUUAAAAGUCCUGACGUCCAAGGGGACAAGUUUACAUCUUUUCUGACUGCAGAAUGGUCACCACGAAUGCAACAGGAGUUAGCUGAUAUGGAGGCAAUCCGGAUGACGGAAGAUGAGAAGCUAAAAGUGGAGGAACUAGGGGUACGAUGGGGGCCAGAACCAGAAGUUCGAAAUGAGGGAGAGUCUUCUGACCUCGACAUUUGGCUAAAAGAACUGGACAAGAUCAUACCAGAGUGACUGAAGUUUCACAAAGGGGUAUACGGAUGUGUCUCGAACGUUCAAACACGACGCCGUUAGACGUUCGAAGCCUAACGGUGAUAAUAUAGCCUCACCUAUAUCCAACAGUAUAAACCAACGCCAACCUCAGGAACAA